UGAUUUGUGUUGUUGUUGUUGUUUACUCCAGCGCAGUUCAGAGUAUGUACGUACACUACCGUUCAAAAGUUUGGGGUCACCCAGACAAUUUUGUGUUUUCCAUGAAAAGUCACACUUUUUUUUUAUUUCCCACCAUAAGUUGUAAAAUGAAUAGAAAAAAUAUAGUCAAGACAUUUUUCUGGCCAUUUUGAGCAUUUAAUCGACCCCACAAAUGUGAAGCUCCAGAAACUCAAUCUGCUCAAAGGAAGGUCAGUUUUAUAGCUUCUCUAAAGAGCUCAACUGUUUUCAGCUGUGCUAACAUGAUUGUACAAGGGUUUUCUAAUCAUCCAUUAGCCUUCUGAGGCAAUGAGCAAACACAUUGUACCAUUAGAACACUGGAGUGAGAGUUGCUGGAAAUGGAGCACUUGCAUGUGACGUCACAGCUGAUCCAGAUUGUGACAGACGCCAUCUUGUCGGUCAAACGCCAUAUUUCCGGCUUUUACUUCUACCUUUUCUUCUGGAAAACCCUACUAUAUACAAUUCUACUACAACGGCUGCGGCUACAAGCUCUCCCUACCUGUGCACGUUUAUGUUUUUUGUGUGUAUUUUUGCGUGUUGUUCGUCUGUACCGGACUUCAAUAUCCACUACAACUGUAUGGACUUACUGGACAUUGGUUUCCAGCAGAAAAUGAUGGUUUGUAGCGAUUUCCAUCGCAUGCACAACAUUCCGGACGAGAUAGCGAGACCAGCGGGGUCUCCGUGGAUUGUUAUCGGAAGCAAAGCGAAGGAGGCGGCGCCGGGAGCGGAAGCAAAAGCGAGGCUGCAGAGCCGGCCUGUUGACUAAGCUCAGAAAACAGCCACUCAAACCUCCACUGCUAAGCCUCUACCUCUCCAACGCCAGAUCCAUGGUAAACAACACGGACGAUUUGGAAUUACAGCUGGAAUUACCUUAUUCUAUUCUAUAAUCGGCUGGUCAGUGCUAUACUCAAUACUUAAGUGACUUACCCGUCCAAUGAGGAUUCUUGUUUACAAGAUGCCACAUCUGAGUCGCUGACAAAUCCUGAAUUUCUGUAAAGAUAACUGUCCAGAGAUUUAUAAGCACGCAGUGCUUCACCACUGAACAGCGAGGGAAAGUUGAUGAGUUUCAUCUGAUGAGAUGAGUGUGCGCACAGGCCAGGGCAGUGAUGAGGUACUGGUGUCUCAGGCUGUGUGGGAUUACCUGGCAGCAGCUGGCAGGCCGUGGCUGCUUGACUUUGAGGAUAAACAGGGACUGAGCGCUGGAAUCGUGCGCCGUGGGGAGCGCGGAGGCUGCUGUGCUGUAAGACUCUCGCCAGUGGAGGGCAGGACCGGGUUAAUGGAAGGCCCAGUCUCACCUGCCACACGCAAAGCCUUUAUAGACCUAUGCCGCUGUGCCCGCAAGGAGAUGACCAAACAGGAAGCUGCGCCAAAGAGGAAGCGCUGUCUUUUACCCUGUAUUGGGGUGGUAGAAACAGACACCGAGGGCAGUUUGCUUCCUCCUCCUCCUCCACAGCCACGUCGAUCCCAGAGGCAGCAGCAGCAAAAAUGCAGGAAAAGCACCGAGAUGGAGCCCUGCGCCGUUCUGCCCAUGUUGCACGAAGCCCCAGUAAACACGGAUUGUGAUUCAGGAGCAGGCCGGUCAAGCGAAGAAGACAGCGCCAUCUGCUCCAUCUGCAUGGGAGAGAUGGUGGAGAAGACCACUUUGGAGAAGUGUGGCCACUCGUUCUGCUGCUCUUGCCUGGAACAGGCAUUCCAGGUGAAGAAGGCUUGUCCUGUAUGCAGGCUCGUUUAUGGCCAGCUCAUUGGGAAUCAGCCAGCAGAUGGUAGCAUGAUGGUGGAAAGAGACCCCGAUUUGGAGUUGCCUGGACAUGAAGGCUAUGGCUGCAUAUGCAUUAUCUAUAGCUUCCCUCCAGGGUUCCAGUCACAAGAGCACCCGAACCCUGGGGUGCGGUAUCCAGGCACUGAUCGGGUGGCCUACCUCCCGGACAGCCCCGAGGGAAACCGUGUGUUGCGACUACUUCGGCGGGCUUUUGAACAGCGGCUCAUCUUCACUAUAGGAACGUCCAUGACCACAGGCAUGCAUAAUGUCAUCACAUGGAACGAUAUCCACCACAAGACCUCUAUAUGGGGUGGACCACGAUGCUUUGGUUACCCAGAUCCUACAUACCUCGUGCGGGUGACGGAGGAGUUGCGGGAAAAAGGAAUAACGGCUGACUGAUCCCUUUGGUACUCAGCACUUUGGGACAGCUAGCGACCUGGCAAGUGGACCAGAUUGACCACAGACUUAUCCAGUGAUUCACUGUGUUAAUGUAAAUCACAGCCAUUCUACAGAACCAGUUUGGCUAGGUGGCUUUUACAAACACCAAGAUUGUGUUGAUUUUUAAAUUUUUUUUUCUUUUCUCUUUUUGUUUGAACAAAAAGUAAUUGCUUUCUUGCAAUAAGUGACGUGUUAUAAUUGAGCGCAGUGCAUUCCGCACUUUAAUUUGUUUCAGAGACGGCACUUUGAAAAGUUAAGGGCGAAAUCAAAAGCUCUGUGGUUUGCUGAACUUUUGAGAUGGCGACUAACUUCUUUCUGCUGUUGUAGUAGGGAAGGAAACUGUUUUUAUGUUCUGGGCAAAUGGCUUUCCUCUCUGUUUUCUCUCCGUUUCUUCCAUCCAGAAGGUUUUCUGUGACCUUGUUCAUGUUUUGUGUGGAAUAAGAAAGCAAGCCGUAAUAGUACAGAUAACUGGGCCAAUUUUUGUUAGUUUACUGUAAGCAGCACUACAAGGCACUUUGCAGUUGUAUGUAUGUUAAUUGUUCCAGUUUGGAGCUGAUUUCUGGUCUGUUUCCAGAUGCACAGCAUUUUGCGGUUGUAGAGACCAGUACAGCGGGUACGAGCUGAGGUCAAUCCCUAUAUGCUUUAUUUUUAUUUUUUUGCUUCCUCUUUAUCUUCCCCAGAAAGAUCUUUGUGUUUCAAAAUACAGAAAAAAAACCCUUUCUCGUGUGUGUGUGUAUUAUUAUUAUUAUUAUUAUUAUUAUUAAUAAUAAUAAUAAUAAUAAUAAUUAAUCAAUCUGUAAUUUGUGUACUGGUUAAUGGUUGGAAAACCCCAGUUAAGAAUUGCUGCUGAGAUUAGAUCAGCUUUUUGGGCGGGGGACGAUUCUUUGAAGGUUCAUUCGCAUGUCUGUUGUUGGUUUGAAUGUGCAAACUUCUGUAUGAUGUAAUGAAAAAAAAGAUCUGUAGACUAUCCCAAAUUUAAAUGAAAAGUAUAUCCAUGGAGGAAUCACAUUAUAAAAUGGCAAGUGCUUGUGGUGUGUGUGUGUUUUUUUUUUUUUUAAACAACCCCCCCCCCCC